AUGAUCACCGUGGCAAUCACUUACGGAGUAUCAACAACCCCACGCUUCCAGGAGUUUUAUGCAAUGGAUCCAAGCCUAUGGCACUUCUAUUACCCAGAAGCCGCCACUGCAACGCCGAUAUGGCUUCUUAUGGUUCUCGCCUUUGUUGCUCCAUUAGCUGCAAUGGCGGCUGUCGAAGCUGCAGCAAUCCAGGACAAGGUGCUGAGAAGAAUAUGGGACUAUUUUGCUGCGGUGACAGCUCUCACAUGUGCAACUGCAAUACAACUGAUUCUUGUUGUAACCCUGAAGAACCUGGUCGGAAAACCCAGACCUGAUGCUAUCCAUAGAUGUCUUCCGUCUAGUUUCACAGCACCGAUAGGACAACUUUCAACUGUGGAAAUUUGCACCUCGCCAUACCGCACCCUGGUAGCUGAGGGGUUCCGAUCGUUCCCCAGUGGACAUGCCUCAACGAUCUUCGCCAGUGCUACCGUUCAAGCUCUUUUCACCAUGGGAAGAGUGAGACUAUUCGAUGGGCGAGGCAUCUUUCUCAAACUCGUCCAAACAGGAUAUCCAUUUCUAAUAGCCACUUCAGUUUCUGCAGCACGAGUCACUGACAAUAGACAUUUUCUAUGGGAUGUGAUUGCUGGCACGUUUCUUGGAAUUGCGGCUGGUGUCAUUGCAUUUUUGCUCUAUUUCCCCCCACCAUAUCCCUAUAUUAAGAACCAUGGCAAAGCUUACCUUCCGCGAAGAUUCUGCGCAAGCAAAUACCAGAGAAAUUUUGAUGGCUUCUGGCAUUUUGAGGACAUGUUUCCCGAGACAACCGCAACCGCAACUGAACUUCAGGAUAGAUCAAGUGCAAACUUUGUGGUUCCCAACCCUACGCUCAAAACAAUGGCUGUUUCGAGAGGAGGGUCGUUUGCAACCGUGGGUGAACCUUCAAAUGCGACUAGAAGCAGAUCCGCAUUCAGCCCGCAAGCGAGCAACCACGGUGGUUCUACAUCAUCCGCAACAGCACCGCUUCAGUAA